AUGUCUGACACAAACGAUCUGCCCCUGGAGCAAUGGGUCACCCUUGAGUAUCAAGACCGCAUUGCCAUCAUCACGAUCAAUCGUCCUGAUAAAUUGAAUGCACUGCCUAAGGAUGGAUUCUACCGCAUAACGCAAUGUCUCCGAGAGAUUGAGACUCAUGAAGAAGUCUUAGUGACUCUGCUCACAGGCAAAGGCCGAUUCUUCUGCGCCCGCAAAACUCCUCCGGGAGUAGAUGUCUGGCGACACGGUCUCAGAGAGACAGUGGCCAACAACCUUAACAACACACAAGCCUUCUACUCUCAUUCCAAGAUUCUAGUCACGGCCUUAAACGGACCAGUGGUCGGAAUCGCAGCAGCUCUUAUCAGUUUCUCGGAUUUCAUCUAUUGUGUACCGCAUACGUAUCUGCUCACACCUUUCUCCAGUCUGGGUCUGAUCUCUGAAGGAGGUGCUUCUGUCGGAUUCAUCAGGCGGAUGGGCGUGGCAAAGGCCAAUGAAGCUUUGUUGACCAGUCGACGUCUGCAAGCCAAAGAUCUAGAGGUAUGCGGUUUCAUCAACAAGAUCUUUGAUUGCGGCAAAGGCGAGGACGAACGCUUCCGAGAGCUGGUGCUAGAUCAUAUCCGUGAUACUAUGGGGGAUCACCUCGUGGCGUCGAGUUUGAUCGAGACCAAGGCUAUAGUUACGGCUUCAAUGCGGAGAGAAAUAGAUAGUUCAAUGGUCGCUGAACUGUUUGGAGGACUCAAGCGCACGGCUCUGGGCAUUCCGCAGAAGGAGUUCGAAAAGAUUAGAACUGGAGCGAAGAGGCACAAGCUGUAA